CCUUACAAGUGUGACGAGUGCAACAGGCAGUUUAGUGUGCUUAGUAGUCUCAAGACUCACCUGCGUACCCACACUGGGGAGAAACUUUACAGGUGUGAGGAGUGCAGCAAGCAAUUCAGUAGGCUGAAUCAUCUCAAAACUCACAUGCAGACUCACACAGGUGAGAAACCCUACAGGUGUGAGGAGUGUAUUAGGCAGUUCAGCCAGCUGACUCAUCUGAAGACUCACAUGCAUACUCAUACAGGGGUGAAACCCUAUAGGUGUGAGGAAUGCAGCAGGCAGUUCAACACGCUGAGUAGUCGAAAGAGACACAUGCGCACUCACACAGGGGAGAAACCUUACAGGUGUGAAGAGUGCAGCAGGCAGUUCAGUGAACUUUGUGUGCUUAAGAAACACAUACGGACUCACACAGGGGAGAAACCCUACAGGUGUGAGGAGUGCAGUAGGCAGUUCAGUCAGCUUGGUCAUCUGACAACUCACAUGCGGACUCACACUGAUGAGAAACCUUAUAAGUGUGAGAAAUGCAGCAGGCAGUUCAGUCAGCUGGGUUCUCUGAAGAAACACAUGCGGACUCACACAGGAGAGAAACCCUACAUGUGUGAGAAGUGCAGCAAGCAGUUCAGUCAUCUGGGUCAUCUGAAGAAACACAUGAGGACUCACACAAGGGAGAAACCCUACAGGUGUGAGGAGUGCAGCAGGCAGUUCAGUAGGCUGGAUAGUCUGAAGACUCACAUGCGGACUCAUACAGGGGAGAAACCCUACAGGUGUGAGGAUUGCAACAGGCAGUUCAGUGAGCAGGGUGCUCUGAAGACUCACAUGCGGACUCACACAGGUGAGAAACCCUAUAGGUGUGAGGAAUGCAGCAGGCAGUUCAACACGCUGAGUAGUCGAAAGAGACACAUGCGCACUCACACAGGGGAGAAACCUUACAGGUGUGAAGAGUGCAGCAGGCAGUUCAGUGAACUUUGUGUGCUUAAGAAACACAUACGGACUCACACAGGGGAGAAACCCUACAGGUGUGAGGAGUGCAGUAGGCAGUUCAGUCAGCUGGGUCAUCUGACAACUCACGUGCGGACUCACACUGAUGAGAAACCUUAUAAGUGUGAGAAAUGCAGCAGGCAGUUCAGUCAGCUGGGUUCUCUGAAGAAACACAUGCGCACUCACACAGGGGAGAAACCCUACAUGUGUGAGAAGUGCAGCAGGCAGUUCAGUCAGCUGGGUGCCCUGAAGAUACACAUGAGGACUCACACUGGAAAAACUGAAGGUGUAAGUUCUGUGAACUAGGAAGUCUGAAGAGAGGUGUACUCACAUGAACCCUACAUGUGUUAAAGGAAUACAGCAGUAUGAUAGGGAAGACAGGAAGACGCACAUUGCAUUCAAACUGAUGACAAAUCUUCAUGUGUUAUGAAUUGAGUAAAAUUGGAUGCACUGAAGGAACACAUGAACACUACAGUCAUGACAGUCUCACAAUGUAUAGGUGACAGACCAGAGCACCUAAGAUAGCAAGCAAAUUAUUAGGGUGAGCUUUAAAUUAUACAAAGGUUGGAUAUGUAGACUACCUCAUACAUU